AUGAAAGAAAAUAGGUCAUAUCCACGUCAAAAACCGAGUCUACAUCGGCGACAUCUUGUACGCGUUCUUCUUUUCUGUGUGGCGUUGUUUGUGUACUUGGAGUUGUUCCGGACUCAUCGAGAGGGUGGCGCACCACCACCACCACCUAUCGAUGACUCUAACAUGGGAGCAGUCGAUCUUGCGAGGGGCACCGUGUCUCUUCCAAAGAGUGCCUUGUACGAAGAGGAUAGUGCACUUUGGGGCUUUACAGGCGGUAUCGAAAGUCUUCUGGAGGGCGUUGUUUCGCGGAAGUACUGGGGGCCUGCUAUGACGACAGGUCAUGAUGGCUCACUAGACGAGUGGACAGUCACAAAUAUAAGCUGCACACGACUCACCUCUCUGGGAGUCACGGAGCAUGAGAUGAAACGUCGCUAUCUGAGACACCGCAAGGUGAAGGAUGUCACGGGGUGUGAUGUCCUCUCCGUUCCAUUCAACCCCCGUCGGGACCGACGCUGCAUUAAUUUCAUGACCAACCCCUCCAACUGGGGGGAGUUGGUGCCGAUUUCACAGUCCGUGGAUCAGCGGACCAUCAAGUUUGGGAUUGUUUUUAAUUCUAUUCACGAUGCAAGUGGUGAGGUGAUCGAACAACCUUUGGAAACUAUCGUAAAGGUACCACAGCGUCUUUUUCCCUUAGAGGCAGUGGGAGAGGUGGCGACAUUUCACGCGGAUCGCCUCUUACUGACGCAUCGUGUACCCCCCACUGGAUGGGCCUGCUUGCCAAUUCGGAUGCUUGAGACUUGCGUGUCAAGGUACAAACACCUUGUGGAGAGCAAUGCGGAAUACCUUCGAGCCUCCGGUGUCAAAACCUACGAAGAGUGGGUGAAGAAAGAUCUUUUUGACUAUGCGCGCCAGAACCACCAUGUGGAACGUGCCAAAAGUGGUGAUGAAUGCAUUGGCGUGUCUAUUCAACUUAAAAUUGCUGACGUGGGACAUUUUUUGUCCAGCGUGAUGCGCAUUCCCUACACCUCUCACACUGACACGUGGCAUGGUUUCUUUGACUUAAACAGACUCAUUGGCGAAGACGUGAUUGGCUUCAUUCGGGAGAGGAACUACGCCGGGGUUCUUCAUUUGGCUAUCUUGAGUAUGUUUGACUACUUUGUGGGAAACAUGGAUCGUUCCCCAAACAAGAAUAACUUUGUGGUGGGCGCGACAAAUGUUGGGUCCACUGUUAAGAAUAACUUUAUGCUUCACCCGAAUCACCCCUCCUUUGUGUACCUUGACCAUGGUAUGACUUUUUACCCUCAGCGUCCACGGCGGAAUCCACUCACAAGUUCCUAUGCGGGCUUCAUGAGGAAUGAAACGAGUUCCUUUUGUCUCUUUAAUGGACCACUACUGCGACGUAUUCGCGAGUUAAUCCAGUUUACUGGUGGUCCAGGGAAUGAGACCGUGUUUGCCUGGAGGAUGAGACGGCAUCUGCCAGGGCAUGUCUAUCGCACUGUUGGUGCUGAAGGACUGCGUUGCUGCUCUAAGCGUGGCAGGGAGAUGUUGUUGAUGGCGGAUCGCUGUUUAAGGAAUGAGCACAUCCGCCCCUACGUCCUUUUUCCGUGA